AUGGGAGAAUUGGGACUGCUGGGUGCUACAAUCGAAGGUUACGGGUGUGCUGGUGUUUCAUCAGUCGCAUCGGGUCUCAUCACACGUGCUGUCGAGAGAGUCGACUCUGGUUACCGUUCAGGAAUGUCCGUCCAAUCCUCAUUGGUCAUGGGCGGUAUCGACGAGUUCGGUUCUCAGGAGCAGAAGGACAAGUUUUUGCCCAAGCUGGCCAAGGGUCAAAUGCUUGGUUGCUUCGGUCUGACAGAGCCCAACCACGGUAGUGAUCCUGGCAGUAUGGAGACGGUCGCCAAGCCCCACCCUACCAAGAAGGGUUACUUUAGCCUGAGCGGAGCAAAGACCUGGAUCACCAACUCGCCUAUUGCAGAUGUUAUGCUCGUGUGGGCGAAGCUGCAGGAGACGGGCAAGAUCCGUGGUUUCCUGGUUGAGAGAUCCGAGUGCCCUCCAGGAACAUUGGAGACACCCCCAUUAAAGAACAAGAACGGUCUGAGAGCUUCUCUUACUGGUAUGAUUCAGUUGGAUGAAUGCCCAGUACCAGAAGCAAACAUGUUCCCACACAUUGAGGGUUUGAGAGGACCUUUCAGCUGUCUCAACGGUGCUCGUUAUGGCAUUGCUUGGGGCACCAUGGGUGCUCUCGAGGAUUGCAUUGCAAGAACCAGACAGUACGCGUUGGAGAGAAAGCAGUUCAAAAAUAACCCAAUCGCCAAGUACCAGUUGGUGCAGAAGAAGCUCUCUGAUGCAACCACGGAUGCAGCUUACGGUAUUCUUGCGGCACUGCAAGUUGGCCGCCUGAAGGAUGAAGGCAAGGCUGCACCAGAAAUGAUCUCAAUGAUCAAGAGACAGAACUGCGACAGAGCUUUGGUGAACGCCAGAGUGUAA